GGCGCAGCGGGCGUCACUUGUUCGUGAACAAGUUACAAACUAGCGUUGGAUGCAACAUGCCCCGGUGACGGAUGAAAAGUCACUGCGAACUGCAACUUUUUCCCGUUGUUGUUUAUUUCAUUCACCCCGCCCGCCCGGAGUCAUGCGCCCGUUACUCGCCCUCCUCUGCGCGCUGCUUUCAUGCGGGGACGCGAACGCGGCCGGAGAGUUCACGGCGAGCGGACGCGCUCCGCACGCCAAUGACGGCGACCGGGAUCACGCGAGACAAGAGCCGCUGCGGCACCGAGCACCGGACGCCACGUCAGAUUCUGCUUUUGACCUGAAGGUCCAGGUCAACAACGUGAUGAGUCGUCAGUACUUGAGCCAGGCGCUGGUGGAGAUCUACGUUAACUACACCAGGACCAACGCGGCUCUCACUGGGGAGGACGGCGGUAUCUUGCUCCAUGUACCCUUCCAAACCGGGAUGCCCAUCACACUCGUGGCUAGCAAGGAUGGCUUUAUUUGCACACUGCUGCCUUGUAAAACCAACAGAAUGCCAAUAUUUUCCUCCGUCACCAUGUCACUGCUUGGUCUGAAUCCGGGAAACAUCUGGCUCUUCAAUGAUUCAGUCCUGAUCACUGGAAAAACAUCUGAUGCUACAUCUCAGCCUAUUGUCCAGUUUCCCAAGAGCCUGCUGAAUCUCACUGACAGCAGUAAUGCCACUUCUGUCAAAGCCUACCUGACCCUCCCCAAGCUGCCGUCGGAGGAGGACAGCUUUCUUCACACAUUGGGUAUCAUGAGGAGUAAAUCAGGAUACGUCAAUGUGGAGUUGAGUCCCGUUGCGGCUGUCAGUGUGCAGCUUUUCUCAGGAGCCUCGGAGCUUCAUGUGAGCGGGCCCAUACAGAUCAGCCUCAGCAUCCCAGACAGCUGUGGACUUCAGACUUCCAAUGUUGUUCCAGCGUGGUUCCUCAACCGGACCACAGGUGGAUGGAUGAGAAAGGGCCUUGGGACAGUGGUGUCAGUAAAAGGAAGACUAAUGUGGACGUUCACAGCUCCUCAUCUUGGUUACUGGAUAGCAGCGCCUUUGUCAUCCACCAGAGGUUUUUUUGGAAUGGCCGUCCCCAUUGACUUCAUCUCACACCAUUCAUCUCUCCUGAUGUUUGUCCUUGGAGGAAUGCUUGUUAUUGCCACCUGUCUCCUCGUCGGGUUGUUGUUUUAUCGCAGACCUUCGCCCAGUGAAACUAAAACAAAGAUUCGACCAGUGAUGAGAAAAGACCAAACCACUCUAACAUGCGACGGUGGAGUCCAUGAAGUAUCUUCAUCGGACUCUUCUCUACAGGGUGGACUGAACCAUCCAUUUGCUGAACGGGGGGAUAAUCGGGACUACCCCAAUGUAAUCGCCAACCUCAAUGCUGUGGCCAUCGGGGUGGAACGUAGCGAAGUGGAAAAUAACCCUGACCUGAUCGAUCUGUGUUCGCACAAAGCCACGGAUCAGUCCCGAGAUCCGGCCCCUCUGACGGAGAACUUGUUCUUCUAUAACGAGCCUGUCGCCAUCUUUCCCGCUCCAGCAUUCUUCCACUUGGAGGAGCAGCCCCAGUGGAGCAAGUCGGCCACUCUUCCCCGUGUGGGGUCCGCCGCUGAGCCGCACAGUCAAGGCGGUGUCACGCAGACUCCGCCAGAAGGGCCGUCGGCUACCCAGAACCAGGCCGCGGAAAAUGAGGACCAGCUCGGGGUUCUGGAGAGCAAUCAGUCGGAAACUCCGGCCAGCGCCUCCAGAGAGCACUUCUGCCUGACGGAGUCCGCAUCCGUCCCGGGGACGUUGAAUAAAAUGAGGGGCGGCGGCAGACACUCUGUGCGUGCCUUCGCAGAACUCUCUAAAAGCCCCUCGACUCAGGCUCCCCGAGCCUGGUUCGUAUCACUGGAGGGCAAACCCGCAGCUGAGAUCCGGUACGCAGUGUCAGAGCAGCAGAGGCGGCGAAGGCCGGUUGAGAGUCGGGAGACCAGCUUAGACUCCGGCGUGGAUAUGAGCGAACUGAACCAGGCGCCUGGCCGCAGGGCCGUGACUCUGGAGCGCAAUGCCACUUUUCUCAAAAGCAGUAAACGUGCACCUCCAUAGUAAAACACCUCCAACAUCUGAGUUUGGAUACACAGGAUAGAUUCUGUGACACAAUACUAAUUUAUCUUUUAAUUGCUUCAUGUUCUAUAUCGAUGUUGUGGUGCCAAUCCAAGUUGUGGGUAGAAGGCUAAUUCAUACCAGCGGAUUGGCGACGGUUGGUAAAGCUGUACAAAAGUCCAAAGCAUGUGAAUUAAGCAGUUUUCUUCUAGCAGACUUUAAUGCCUCAAACAUAGUUUAAGAAAUAAAUGAAAUACUUUUGGAUAUCAUGUCAUACUGUUACGUUAGUUGCCACAACUGAUGCCUCCGAAGGGAAAAACAGCCACACGAUUGAGAUUAAUGAGGUCAAACACCUUCAUAACGAGCACUGUGGAAUUUUAACCGGCCGUUGGGAUUAACAGACAGUUUACAAGGCUAACUGAACACGACUGAAUGUCUCUUGUUUUAACUGCCACCGGAUUUGUAUGUACGUGUUCUCAUGUUUAUUUUUGAAUUGAAGUGAAUCAUUUCAUAAUAUUUUAAUAAUAAUAAAUAAAGAAAUAACUCAU